UUCUUUAUCAAUUCUUUAACCUUUUAUCUUUGUUGAUUCACUUUUUUUUUUCCACAUUCAAUUAUUGAUUCUGGCUUGACUACUUUAAAUAACAAAGUUUCUUUCUUUUCCCCAACCCCUUCGAUCACCAACCUUUCACCUUCAGUCCUUUGUUAACUAUAAGCGGAUCUUCCAACUAGUUUUUAGAAGCAAGAGAGAAUAUGAAUAUGACCAAGGUUGGGCCAGCGGGAGGAUAUGGUGGAACCAUUUGGGAUGACAAGGGACGAGACAAAGUAGCUGGUAUAGUUGUUAUCUACAACAAACUCAGAGUUUUUGCACUUCAGUUCCUGUUUUAUGAAAAUGGCAACUUAGUCCGGUCAGACAAGCAUGGUACUCAACGCCGUGGAAACAUUUUUUCAGUUGUCUUUGAUUAUUCAUCAGAAUUUCUUACUUCCAUAAGCGGUUAUUUCAAAACAUUGACAGAGUAUACAGAUAAUGCCGACUAUACAUUUCUGGGAAGUAUAAGAUUUGGAACCAACAAAGGUUCCUACGGACCAUUUGGGUGUGCCCGACCUUCAACUGAUGAUGAAAUCGAAUUCGACUUUCAGUUAGGAAAUCAUCAUCUUUUUGGUGGUUUUUAUGGCACUGAGAAUCACUGUGGUAUUGAGAGUAUCGGGGUCCAUGUGAAGCCCAUCCCGUCCAGCUCCAUGAUCAACUUUAAAAAUCUUCGAGUGAAGGAUGAGAAAGAAGAUGAUUAACUCACCUUUUACAAAUUUCCAAAUAAUGUGAAUUGUCUUAUUUAACUCUAUGCUUAUUUAUGGUUUUACUUUUGCACAAUAGAUCUACUGCAUGGUGCUGUGUUAUUGUGUAAGGUUUAUCUCGAGUUUUAUGUUGUAAAAACAAGUUACUGUAAGAUGGUUUAACCCCGUCCACUAUGAUAUUGAAGUAAAUCUGUCCCAUUUUUCAUUGUCA